CCUGUCUGUCGCGGACGAUCUUCGGCCCCGCGCUGACGUGCGUCGGUGCGUCACGUGACCUGAGGAAUGUUAACAAUGCAGCGAGUGUCCAACUUUGUGCUGAUUUCUGAGGCUGAGGAGAAAAUGGAGGCUGGAGGUUCGAGUUAGCUCUCAUCACGUCCACUCUGCCCGUCCGACUGCUCCGGUUCCCCCCGCGGACCUCCGCUCAGACCCUCGGAACUUUUCUUUUUCUUUUCCUCUCUCUCUCUCUCUCUCCUGCGGGGAGUCGCUCCUCAAACCUGGAGACAUCGAGGCUGGUUCUUCUCACAUGGCGCAGAUUGGCAGCAUCAUGGUUUGGCUCCGCAGUGCCCUCGUGACCGGCUGCAUUUCCUGGAAUAAGCUGGAACCUGAGCCUUGAGAGCCGCACCAUGGAAUGUCUGUAGUAUCCCCACAUCAUCCUCAGCCACCCCACCAGCAUCGGCAGGAAUCAAAAACACAAAGAGAGACGCAAACAAAUAAAGGGACACACGGGGACUCCCAGAUCUGCUGCGGGACACUCUUUAUCUAUUUAGGUCAGCCAGCUUGAAAGGGAUCCUUCGGAGGGUGCAGGGGAGCGACUGUCCGUUUGUGCGAGUGCAUGUGUGCGUGUGUGUUUCCCUUUUAGAGUAGGUGCCUGUCCUUGGGCACUGAGGCCAUGAGGCCAAAGACUUUCCCGGCCGCCCCGUACGUUGGCAACACGCGCCAGAGGCUUCAGGAGAUCAAGGAGGGUCUGAAGCAGCCGGCCAAGCUGGUGAGCCAGGCCCUGCACGGGGGCAGCUCCCGGGCAGACGGCGGCAGAGGGGCCGACUGCAAGAGCGGGAAGGACACAACCAGCCGACAGCAGCAGCUCCGACCCCCGCAGAAGUUCAACAACUACCAGAAUGCCCUGCGGGAAAUCCGCAAGUCGCUCAUGCCCUUCGCCAAUGAGUCGGGUCCAUCCUCCGGGUCGGGGCACCCAGCAGGUGCUGGGGAGGUGAACCGGCAGAUGCUGCAAGAGCUGGUGAACGCCGGCUGUGAUCAGACAUGCAAAGUCACUCUGCCUCCGUCAGUCAGGAAUUCUUCAAUGAAAGUAGCGGAGAAAGAAUGA